AUGGCUUCCUCACAAGAUGAUCUGAAGUCUGACGACUCUUACGUCUCUGAUGCUUCAGAAGAGAACCAGGUUGACGCUCAAAACCGAGCUCCCAAGCGACGCCGUCUCUCCGAGUCUUCCAACGACUCUUAUGUUGCGCCAGCACCUCUCCCCACUCUAUCCCGUAUUAAGAAGAAGGACGAUACGAAGAAGACCGAAUCAGACGAAGAUGAGAACCCAGUCACAAUUAAGGAUGCCCUUGAGAUUGGCUUACAGGCCGAGCGGUCCACUUUUGGUGCUCUCGAUGUGUCACCGUGGUUGGUAGGAUCUUUGACUACUAUGGCUGUUCGACGGCCCACAGCCAUUCAGAAGGCGUGUAUCCCUGAGAUUUUGAAGGGUCGGGAUUGCAUUGGUGGAAGUCGGACUGGUUCCGGAAAGACCAUUGCGUUUGCUGUUCCUAUCAUGCAGAAAUGGGCCAAGGAUCCCUUUGGAAUCUUUGCUCUGGUUUUGACUCCGACUCGAGAGCUUGCGCUACAGAUCUUUGAGCAGUUCAAGGCUAUCUCGGCGCCACAAUGUAUGAAGCCUAUCCUUAUCACCGGUGGUACGGAUAUGCGACAACAAGCAACCGCCCUUGCAGAACGCCCCCACGUCGUGAUCGCAACUCCAGGUCGACUUGCGGAUCAUAUCAAAACCUCUGGGCAAGAUACAAUUGCCGGAUUAGGACGUGUGAAAAUGGUCGUGAUGGAUGAAGCAGACCGACUGCUCGCAAGUGGACAAGGAAGCAUGCUGCCGGACGUAGAAACCUGUCUAUCAGCUCUCCCACCAUCAGCAGAACGCCAAACUCUCCUCUUCACAGCUACUUUGACAGCGGAAGUUCGAUCCCUGCAGUCCAUGCCCCGCCCAGAAGGCAAGCCGCCAAUCUUUGUGACUGAAAUCGCCACCGAAAACCAGGGCAACAUCCCCCCAACCCUUAAGCAGACUUACCUUCAAGUCCCCAUGACGCACCGCGAGGCUUUCCUUCACGCUCUGCUCUCCACCGAAGAAAAUGUCACCAAGCCCGUCAUCAUCUUCUGUAAUCACACCAAGACCACUGAUCUGCUGGAGCGCACUCUUCGCCGUCUGGGUCACCGCGCCACAUCCCUGCACAGUAUUCUCCCACAAUCUGAGCGCACAUCUAAUCUGGCUCGAUUCCGUGCCGCCGCUGCUCGUAUCCUAGUCGCUACGGAUGUUGCAUCGCGUGGUCUUGAUAUCCCAUCUGUCAGUCUGGUUAUUAACUUCGAUGUCCCUCGCAACCCAGAUGACUACGUCCACCGUGUCGGUCGUACAGCCCGUGCUGGACGAAGCGGUGAGGCCGUCACAUUGGUUGGACAACGUGACGUUGAACUGAUCCACGCCAUCGAGGCCCGAGUGGGUCGACAGAUGGAAGAGUGGGCCCAGGAGGGCGUCAACAUCGAAAGUCGUGUUGUGCGGACCAACGUCUUGAAGGAGGUUGGUUCAGCCAAGCGCGAGGCCAUGGGUGAAAUUGACGAAGGCCGUGAUGUACUGGGCCGCAAGCGGAACAAGUUGAAGAAGGUCCGGGAAUGA